AACAAAAUUUUAAAAAUUAAGCCAUGACUAACCAAGAUAGUAGUAACAAUUUGUUAGGCUUCUCCCUCUCCCCUUCCACCGUGGCUCCGCCUUGCCCCGCCCUCCCGUUAAUCGACUACGGCGGUGGAAGUGACUUCAAUUCUAUAAUGGAAGCCAUCAAUAGGCCUAAUGAUCAACCACAAGGUGUGGAUUUCACAACAAUGGGGACCCAUAACUAUGAAGGGUGUGACAGAGAAGGAAUGGCUCUCACCUUACAUACAUUGUACACUCAAGAUCAAGGCUUCCUCAUCAACAACAAACUACCAAUGGCUGAAGCCAAUUGGGAUUCAAGAAAUAUGUAUGGCGAUGAUCUGCACACGCUGAGCCUAUCGAUGGCCCCGGUAGCUAAACCGGUCGGUUCGGGCCAAAUUUCAACCUGCAUUGCGGCCGAGAGCAAGAAAAGGGGCCUUGAAAAGGCUCAUCAGAAGCAGAUUGUCCAUCGAAAGUCGAUCGACACAUUCGGGCAGAGGACCUCUCAGUACAGAGGUGUCACUCGGCAUAGGUGGACAGGGAGAUAUGAGGCUCAUUUGUGGGACAAUAGUUGUAAGAAAGAAGGGCAGAGCAGAAAAGGGAGACAAGUUUAUUUAGGGGGUUAUGAUGUGGAAGAAAAGGCAGCAAGGGCUUAUGAUCUUGCAGCAAUCAAGUAUUGGGGACCUUCCACACAUAUCAAUUUUCCGUUGGAAAAUUAUCAACAAGAAGUCCAUGACAUGAAGAACAUGAGCAGACAAGAAUAUGUUGCUCAUUUAAGAAGGAGGAGCAGUGGUUUCUCUAGGGGCGCUUCUAUAUACAGAGGAGUGACAAGGCAUCAUCAGCACGGCCGUUGGCAAGCGCGGAUUGGCCGAGUUGCGGGGAACAAGGAUCUUUAUCUCGGAACAUUCGGCACCCAAGAGGAAGCUGCCGAGGCAUAUGAUGUGGCUGCCAUCAAAUUUAGGGGUACAAAUGCUGUGACCAACUUCGAUAUAUCACAAUAUGACGUGGAGCGAAUCAUGGAGAGCGACAGCCUUCUACCGGGGGAGAUCGCAAGGCCAAAAAGAGACACGACCGUGGUCUAUGCUGGUCAAGAGUCACUACACCAACUAGACCGCCCUCACAUCUCCGAUUGGAGAGUGGCCGCGUGCCAUGAUCAUGAGAAAGAUCGAGUUGGGAGUUUGAGUUCGUUGAUUCCUAUGAACUCACUCGCCACGACACACUUGGUCACGAUGCCUCAGUUGACCUCGAAUAUCUCAUCGCUUGAUUCCUCAUGGACGGAUGUGUUCCGAAGCAUGUGAUGUAAUCUUUAUUAUGAGAUUUUUUAAGUUUUGGUUUAGUUCGGUUCGAUUGGUAUGAUGCUGAAUUUUUCUGAUUCAGUAAGAGGCUAAACAUUUUGA